ACGCGAGGCGCUGUCCUUUCAGCACCACGAACUCGGGCUGAGGAGGGAGGACUUCGGGUCGUCCUCCUCCUUUUCAAAUUGGCUUGAAUCUGCUCUGACCCCCCCACCCCCCAAGAGUACCACACAGUCUGGGAAGAAAGGCGCAAGGAUGGUGAAGCUGAACAGCAACCCCAGCGAGAAGGGAACCAAGCCGCCUUCUGUGGAGGAUGGCUUCCAGACCGUCCCCCUCAUUACUCCCCUGGAGGUUAACCACUUGCAGCUGCCUGCUCCAGAAAAGGUGAUUGUGAAGACAAGGACGGAAUACCAACCAGAACAGAAGAACAAAGGGAAGUUCCGAGUGCCGAAAAUCGCUGAAUUUACGGUCACCAUCCUUGUCAGCCUGGCGCUAGCUUUUCUUGCCUGCAUUGUGUUUCUGGUGGUUUACAAAGCCUUCACCUAUGACCACAGCUGCCCAGAGGGAUUUGUCUAUAAGCACAAGCGCUGUAUCCCGGCCUCCCUGGAUGCUUACUACUCAUCCCAGGACCCCAACUCCAGAAGCCGCUUCUACACGGUCAUCAGCCACUACAGUGUGGCCAAGCAGAGCACUGCCCGGGCCAUCGGGCCAUGGCUGUCGGCGGCUGCUGUCAUCCAUGAGCCAAAGCCACCCAAGACCCAGGGCCACUAGAGGCUCACCCCAGCCAGAAUGGGGGGUGGAGGGGGGCCCCGGUUGGCUAAGCCACGCUUCAGUUACAAGACAACACUGUACUCCUGGGAUAUGGGGGGGGGGGAGGGGAGGGGGGGGGGGAGGAACUCACUGAAACUUUCGUGCACUGGAGCUGUCUGAAUCUAGAUUUCUUUUUGU